AUGUCAGUGACACCCGCUCCGCCUCCAGUUGACGUCUGCCAUUUGCGGAAACAGACCGCAGUAGAAAUGGCGAUGAAUUUUGAAGAGGACGCAUCACGUCCUAAUGAAACAGGAGGGGAUGACAAAGAAGCUUUAACCUGCCCCGUUUGCUUAGAAAUUUUUGAAAAUCCAAUGCGAAUUGAAUGUAACCAUAUAUUUUGCAGCAAUUGCCUAUCUGCACUACAGAAGCCAAAAAAGCCGAUUUGUGCUGUAUGUCGCUUUCCUCUGAAAGGUGCAACUCGAGCUAUUGAAAUUGAGAGGAAAUUAGAAGUAACUCUUACAAGCUGCAGUGGUUGUGGAACUCAGGUUUACAUGAAUAAGUUGCGAUCCCAUAAUGCAUCAUGUCCAAAAUAUCAGGACUUUAUUUCGGAGGGAGUGAAAGCAUCCAUGAAAGAUCAGCAUCCCAGUCUUAGCAUGCCCAAUCGAUUUACAUUUACUUGUCCAUUCUGCAAUGCAAAAAACUUGGACCAAGAUAGCUUGGUUGAACAUUGUAUUUCAAGCCAUACUGGAGAAUAUGCAAAACGGGUUUGCCCUAUUUGCUCUUCCAUGCCGUGGGGUGACCCAAACUUCAAAAGUGCAGACUUGAUACAACAUUUGAAAAUUCGUCAUAGAUUUUCAUAUGACACUUUUGUGGAUUAUAAUGUGGAUGAAGAUGAAAUGCUCCAGGAAGCCAUUGAACUAUCACUUCAAGAUAGAAGUAUGAGAUAUUAGGGAACUAAUUUUUCUCAUGAAUUAACAGUUGAAGUUCAUCGAAUGAGUACUGCUCUAUAGGUUUUAUAUGUUAUUAAAUCUUUCCUGUGCACUUUUGAUGAUUCUUCAGUUACACGUAAAAAUAUGUUGGGGUGGGAAUUAUAUUAGCAGAUCUAACAUACUAAGGUACCCAUUAUAUCAAAUAAAUAUUUAUCUGAAGGUUAUUACAGCACUUUAAUCUUUGAUGUUUGGUAAUGGAUAUAAUUACUUUUGAUUAAAUCCCCAUUAUAAUGCCUUGUAAUUUGUAUUAAUGCCCAGCUUGAAAUAGCUUUUGAAAAGAUCAAUAAAAUAUUGGUUGGAUUUCAG